GCUUGAUUCUGGUCACGUUCGCGUCUUCGUGCUCUCGGGCAACACUUGGAGCCAGUUGGGGCAGGACAUCGAUGGCGAAGCCUCAGGCGAUUACAGUGGCGUGGUGUCGCUGAGCAGCGACGGCAGCCGCGUGGCCAUUGGAGCUGCCACCAACGACGGUGCUGGGUUGAAUUUUGGUCACGUUCGCGUCUUCGGGCUGUCGGGCAACACUUGGAGCCAGUUGGGGCAGGACAUCGAUGGCGAAGCCUUCGACGAUAACAGUGGCUUUUCGGUGUCGCUGAGCAGCGACGGCAGCCGCGUGGCCAUUGGAGCCAGCGACGGCAGCCGCGUGGCCAUUGGAGCUUUCUUCAACGACGGUGCUGGGUUGGAUUCUGGUCACGUUCGCGUCUUCGCGUCUUCGCCAACGCCGGCACCUACGCCGGUGCCUUCGCCAGCGCCGACGGCCGCACCAUCGGCUUCGCCAACGCCAGCACCGACGCCCGCGCCGACGUCGGCACCGAUCUCAGCUGCAGUCGGGGAUCCCCACCUGAUAAAUAUGCACGGGGAGCGUUUUGAUCUCCUCAAGGUCGGCAGACACUUGCUGGUCGACGUAGGAGGGGUGCGCAUCAGGAAUCCACGUCGCAAAUGUCUGAGGCAUCCACUGCGCCCGUGGCAGGCGCAGUGCAGCGCCCGUCGUGCCGCUCGUGGUAAUGCUGCUGGCAUUCGUCCUGCUGGGUUCCGUCGUGCUGCUCCUGGUGAGAAUGCUGCUGGAGGCCGUUGUGCUGCUCGCAGCGCUGGUGGAGCCUGUCGGGUCCCCUCUGUUCCCUGGGGAGGUGCACUUCUCACAAGAUGUCAUCCCAAUUCACCGUGCCACGGAGCCGUUGGGCCGACACACGCGACCCCCCUCUGGUGUCUCGCUGCGCGCGGACAGGUUAGCAUGGCAUAUGGGCGGCACCAGAAGAGCAUGAGUGCAGUAGGAAAUCGGCAACAAGCAAGUCCUCACGAGAAGCCCAGUUUUGAAGUGCUCAGACCUACAGAUUGAUCCCUGCGCCCUUCCGUGUGACCGUCCUUUCUACUCCGCCUCUCCUCUGGCUUGCGUUUCUCUCCUCG